UGACCAAGCUAGCCCGCCAACCGGUCCACUCGUCCGCCGAUCAUUCAAUCACCUAGCGAGGAUCCGAAUUCGGAGCCUCCCCUUUUACCAAUUCCCUCCUCCUCCUCCUCCUCUUCUUCUUCCUCCACCCCUUCUAUUACGCCACCACAACAAAGCUAGAAAAUUCCCCAAACGGACUAGUCCAUGUGAUUGUUUAGCAGCGUCCAGGCCUCGCCUCCCCCGUCUCUUUCCUUCUCCACCUCUUCCGAUAUCUUCCGCGACCCACCAACCCUGCUUGAUUCAACGCGCCGCUCCUAGUACCCGCCGUCUCGCGGUGACCCGCGCGUGGAAAUUCGCUCGUUUAUAUGUAGAGGUGGGCGCAGAUGACAACGACGAUCACUUGCGCUCGUGCUUCCAAGAAGGAAAGCGAGGCAGCAGACAGCCGAGAGCGGAAUUAUUAGUUGGAUUAGGUGGGCAGGGACGGAGCAAUCGCUGCAAUUCAGCUCGGAGUGAAACGCGCGAUGGAGAAGGGGAGCAGGGGGUUGUCCGGCCGCGCCGCCGUCUGCGGCAUCGUCGCGCUCCUCAGCGCCACCGCCUUCUCCUGCUCCCUCGCAGCCGAAUUCCGCAAGGUCAAGGAGAAGGACGUGAAGCUGGACGGCAGCCUCUGCUCGCUGCCCAGGAGCUCCGCCUUCGAGCUGGGAGUGGCCGCCAUCGCCUUCCUCUUCGUGGCGCAGCUUGUGGGCACCACCGCAGCCGUGACCACCGCGUACGCCGCCAAGCCCAAGAAGAGCGCCGCCGGCAGAGGCCGCGCCACGUUCGUCGCCCUCCUGGUCCUCUCGUGGUUGAGCUUCGCGGUGGCCGUGGUCCUGCUGGCGACGGCGGCGAGCAUGAACCACGGGCAGCGGUACGGGCGCGGGUGGAUGGACGGCGACUGCUACGUGGCCAGGAACGGCGUGUUCGGCGGCGCUGCGGCGCUGGUCGCCGUCACGGCGCUCAUCACCCUCGGCCUCACCUUCGCCACCGAGCCGACCGCGGCCGCGGCGGCCAUGGCGGCCACGCCGACACCGUGCGCCGCGGCAUCGGACACCUGCGCGAGCACGACGCAUCUCGAAGCUGCAGCAUCGGACGCCGAACAACCGGGCGGCGGGCGAUCCAAGCAAUGAGGUUGGCAGGCUGGAAUGUUGGCAGGGGGCACGGGCAGGGCGGACCAACCGGAGGCGGCGGCUGGCAACGUUCGCGGCGCAAAAGGCCGCGCCGCGUGGGGGCAGCGUGGUGGGCUGGCGGGGCGGGGCGGGGGCAACGGAAAGUGGCAGGCGGGUGGGGUCGCGGGAGCGCGCGGAUAUACGCGGCCGCCAGCCGGGACAGAGGUACAUACAUUACUGUCCCCAUUACUGACACAAUUACUGACACGACAGUGUGCAACAUGUAAAUGAUAGUAGUAGCUCCAAGUCAUUGCAAAAUGCAAAGAUAAAUCGUACAGAAUUUUCGAUUAUCUUUUUCUUGUGUGUUUGUUUCGUGCUUGUGUCUGUGCAGCACCAACUUGGUGCUAGUGGCAGUGGCAAUGUUCAGCUAAUCAGCUGGGUGCCUCUCUAGCUGAAUCUGGACACUGUACUGUAUGUAGACAGACUGGCUUACAAUAAUGCAUUCGAAAGAGCAUUCUUUUAUUGAGUUCAA